AUGGAACUGGAUACCGGCUCUGCAGUGUCAGUGAUGGCGCACAGUGACUUUGUGCAGUACUUUGGAGACCAGAAGCUGAACUCGUCAUCUGUCCUCCUAAAGACAUAUACUGGAGAGAAAAUCAAGCCCCUCGGCGUAUUGCCGGUGGAGGUACAACACAAUGGCCAACAAUGCACAUUGGACUUGUACAUUGUAAAAAGAGGAGGACCAGCACUGUGGGGCCGAGACUGGCUGAGGAAAUUACAGCUGGAUUGGAAGUCCAUUAAAAGCCUGCAGGUGGCGCCAAACACCACCGACAAGUCCACAGAGGUCAAAUUGGAGACAGUCUUGGUGGCUGCAACGCCUGUAUUCCAAGAUGGAAUUGGGACAUUAAAAAACAUAAAGGGCAAAAUUGUUCUUCAAGACGGGGCCAUCCCACGUUUCCACAAAGCACGGCCAGUUCCGUACGCCAUACGACAGAAGGUGGAAGCGGAGCUGGACCGCCUAGAGGCCGACGGAAUUCUGUCUAAAGUUGACUGGAGCCCAUGGGCCACACCCAUUGUCCCAGUAGCAAAGAAGUCAGGGGCAGUGAGGGUGUGUGGGGACUUCAAAAUCACAAUCAAUCCUGUGCUACAAGCAGAACAAUAUCCACUUCCCAGGAUCGAGGACAUUUUUGCAAACCUGGCUGGUGGAAAGCGGUUCACCAAGGUGGACCUGGCGGAGGCCUAUCUACAGAUGGAGAUAGAGGAAGACUCGAAGAUGUUCCUGACCAUCAAUACUCUGAAGGGCUUGUACCGCUACAACAGGUUGGUAUUCGGAGUGGCCUCAGCCCCGGCUAUCUGGCAGCGUGCUAUGGAUCAGGUGUUGCAGGGGAUUCCAGGUACACAGUGUUACUUAGAUGAUAUAAUUGUGACUGGGGCCAACGAUAACGAACACCUGGAGAACCUCCAUAAGGUCUUACAGAGACUUCAAGAUUACGGACUCCGGGCCAGACGUGACAAGUGUGAGUUUUUCAAACCAUGUAUCACAUACUGCGGCCACACCAUUGAUGCACAGGGUUUGCAUAAAUGCAAAGAAAAGAUCAAUGCCGUAAUGAAGGCUCCUCAGCCACAGGAUGUACAGCAACUGAGAUCGUUCCUUGGAUUCAUCAACUACUACCACCGGUUCAUGCCUAACCUGUCUACAGUGCUCCAUCCUCUGAACGAACUACUCCAGGCAGAACGGUAA